AUGAAAACACAAUCUGAUCCUACUGUUACUAUUGUGGAGAACAGCAUCUGCACCCUGAGGAACCUCUCGUACCGGCUGGAGGUGGAGAUGCCCUCCUCUCGUCUCCUCAGCAAUCAGGAGCUCGACACCCUGCUGGGCUUCUCCUUUCCGGGCAAAGAGCUGGACUACCUCUGCUGGGGCAAGAGGAGGCGCGGGAGGAAGCGUGGCGGCUGGCCCGACGACAAGUGGGAUGACGUGGGGCCAAUCCCAGGCUUCUCCCAGCCUCUGAGAGGAGCGGAGCUGCUGUGGCACCCGAUGGUGGUGAAGCCGUACCUCAACCUGCUGGCCGAAAGCUCCAACCCCGCCACGCUGGAGGGUGCCGCCGGGUCACUGCAAAACCUCUCCGCUGGAAACUGGAAGUUUUCGGCGUACAUCCGAGCGGCGGUGCGUAAGGAGAAAGGUCUGCCCAUCCUGGUGGAGCUGCUGAGGAUGGACAACGACCGGGUCGUCUGCUCCGUCGCCACAGCUCUCCGCAACAUGGCUCUUGACAGCCGCAACAAGGAGCUCAUAGGAAAGUAUGCCAUGCGCGAUCUGGUGAAUCGACUGCCCGGCAGCAGCCCAUCGGUGCUGUCGGACGACACGGUGGCGUCGGUGUGCUGCACGCUGCACGAGGUCACCAGCCGCAACAUGGAGAACGCCAAAGCUUUGGCCGACAGCGGAGGCAUCGAGAGGCUGGUGGACAUCAGCAAAGGACGAGGGAAAGGGUAUUCGAUGAAGGUUGUGAAGGCAGCGGCUCAGGUGUUGAACACGCUGUGGCAGUACAGGGAGCUGCGGAGCCUCUACAAACAGGAUGGAUGGAACUACACCCACUUCGUCACUCCCGUCUCCACCCUGGAGCGAGAUCGCUACCGUUCCCAGCCGACCCUGCCCACCAGCCCUCUGCAAAUGUCCCCUGUUAUCCAAUCAGGUGGUAGUGCGACAUCCUCUCCAGCGAUGCUCGGGAUACGAGGACACAGUUCAAACUAUCAGAGGGCGCAGUCAUCUAUGCAACUCGACACCUAUUACGGAGACAACAGUUUACACAAACAGCAGUACACAGGGUCUGAGAAGAAAACGCCGUAUUUCAUUGGGACAUAUUCUUCCCAGUCAGGAGAGGAUUUGAGAAGAUCCCAGCACCCAGAGCCAUUCUACGAUGAGCCCGACAGGAAGAACUACAACAGCUACAGAAUGUACCUGUCCUCCCCACAAGGCUUUGGAGAGGAGCAGUAUGACGACGAGCCAGUCCACCUGACCCCGUCCUCCCCCGACGGCUAUGCCAGCCAGUCCCUCCGGUUCAAAGCUAACACCAACUACGUGGACUUCUACUCUACCACGCGGAGGCCUUCAAACAAGGCGAACAAGUUCACUGGCUCCCCUGACUCCUGGGUGUAGAUAGAAAAGCGCGUACAUCGAGCUUUGUCGUUUCUGUGGGUGUUUGUGUGUGGGGGAGUGCACACGGGUGCUGUAUGGUUGUGUGAAAGGUGGAGGAUGCAUGUGAACGUGUGUGCAUCUGUGUUGCAACUGUGCUGAAUGACCAGGGCGGUGUUUGCUAUGUGCAGCUUUUGAUUAAGUUGCAACAUGUGCUCAAUAAUGCAGAUAAAUUCAAUUUAUUUUUGGCCUUUGUGCCACGUAAAACAGUUCUUUAAGAUGAUAAAAAUAUAUUUCAAACCUUAAAUAUUUUACUUUAACGUAGAACAAUUCAUCCUCGUUUUUUCUUUUGGGAAUUUAAAUGCGGGAAAUCUAGAUGAAAACUUGGCUAAAUUGAGAUUAGUGGUGUUGCAGACUGCCUCCUCGUCGUUCCUAACACUGUCACACGACCACCAGGUGGGCGACCAAACCCAAUGUGACCUCACCGACACUCUCAGCUGUGACCGACCCCUCAGGGGUUGACAACACGGGAAUACAGAAGUGACGAAGUGCAGUUGCCUUUAAAAACAAAAAUCUCCAAACAUAGUUAUAUUCUUGUGACAUCGUGUGGACAGGGUACAAAGAAUCUAACAUUUUGAGCUUUAUCUGCAUCAUUGUGGAUUUUGCACAGUGAUGGACAUAGUCAAAAGAUGCUUUUUGAGAAAACCCAGCCCUGACCAUGUUGUUUACCAGAGUGUUUGUUACCGUCAACUGAUUUCAUUUUUCUCGGCAGUAAAAGUGUGCAGUAUGGUGGCUUUAUAACAUAAAUAUCGUCCGCCAGCAUCAUGUUGAAUACAAGAGAAAAAGAAAUGAUCAAAGCUGAGGCUUUGAUUAGUUCUGUAAAAAAUGUGACACCUGGGCCAAAUAAUAUUUACCAGUGAGUAAGAACACAGGAUGAAAUGCUUAACUCUUAAAAUGACUUUUAAAUAUUAUUUGACCGAGGUUCGGAGAAGAGAAACUUGUUAAUGAUAAGUAUCCUCACUCUCGGGAACCUUUCAAGACUCAGAGAACCGAGGUUACGCCUGUAACCCUUCGCUUUUCUGUAAUGUUGGCCAAAAGUGUAGUAUAUCAUAAAAUAUGUGAAAUAUGUGACAAGAACAUGUGAAAAUCUAUUUGUACAGAUACAAUGGUUUAACCGUCCUGUUACAUUGUUGUAUUCAAUAUGUAGAACUUUAUAUGUGAUUGUGUGGAGAAGAUUUUUCUAUUAUUUAUAGAUUAUUUUUAUUAAUUUACUUGUGACCUGACCAAAAUACCCCAUCUGUGUGUUCUGUCCAAAACUGAAGAUGACGAUGAUGUGCAAUGUUACAGAGGGAGAUGUAUGUAUAGGGAUUAAAGAUUAUAUCAUGACGAUAUCUGAAAGCCGUGCC